AAAAAAGAAGACCACAUGAUCAAAACAAAAACAUUAAUAAUAAAAAAAAUAUUGGACUGAUAUAACCUCUCUUUUUCUCUUUCAAGGGGCCAAGAGGAAGAAGAAGAAAUAUCAAAGGUGGGAAUCGGAGGGAGAGAGAGAGAGAGAACAAUCACGCAGUAACAUUCUUAUGGCCGCAGCUGCGACGAAGAAGCUGCACGAGUUGAGCCUCGGCCCGGAUUCCGUCUUCUUAUAUCCCUUCUUCUUUGGCCUUGACUCGAAUCGCUCUGAUUAUAAGGAACAUCUCCAAGGCGUCUAAAACUUCUCGUAAUCCACAACGAGGACACCCGUAACGACAACAACAACGAAGGACAAGUCGUUAGCUUUUGAGGUUUCCGAUGGGGCACCGAAGCAACAACAUAGGGAAGUACCAGUUCCUUCGGACGAUCGGUGGCGGCACGUUUGCUAAGGUGAAGCUGGCCGUGGACAGCACAAACAACCAGUAUGUCGCGAUUAAGGUCAUUGAUAAGCACAUGGUCAUGCAGAGCAAUCUCAAAAGCCAGGUGCAACGAGAGAUUAAGACAAUGAGGCUUCUGCAUCAUCCGAACAUCAUUCGGAUACACGAGGUUAUCGGAACAAAAACGAAGAUUUACAUAGUUAUGGACUAUGUGUCGGGAGGGCAGCUGACGGACAAGCUGUCUUAUGAGAAGAAACUGAACGAAUAUGAGGCAAGGAAGCUGUUCCAGCAAUUGGUUGAUGCAGUGGAUCAUUGCCAUAACAAAGGAGUCUAUCAUAGAGACCUUAAGCCCGAAAACUUGCUUUUGGAUAACAAGGGGAACGUCAAGGUCUCGGAUUUUGGACUAAGUGCUUUGCGGAAGCGAGGAGAACUGCUGUCGACGGCUUGUGGCUCCCCAUGCUAUGUUGCACCUGAGCUACUGACCAACAGAGGAUACGACGGGGCAGCAGCAGAUAUCUGGUCUUGCGGGGUAAUCCUGUUCGAGAUGCUUUCUGGCACUUUACCUUUCGAUGAUCGCAACCUCAUCAACUUAUACAAGAAGAUCUACAAGGCAGAAUACAAAUUCCCGACAUGGUUCACAGAGAGUCAGAAGCGCAUAAUAUCGAGAAUUCUUGACCCAAAUCCUAAAACGAGGAUAACAGCUCCGGAGAUCGGCGAGGAUGCUUGGUUUCAGAUCGAUUAUGAGCCUGCUUACGGCUAUGAGUGUGACGGGAAAGACUGUGCCGAUGAAGUUCGUGACGCUUUUGAGUCAGUCGAGGAAGCAGAAGCAGAGCAGAGCAUCCCUAAGUCGUCGAGUUUCAUCAAUGCGUUCCAAUUGAUUGCGAUGUCCCACGACCUCGACUUGUCUGGCCUAUUCGAAGAGCAGGACGAAGUCAAGGAGAAAGUUAUGCUCGUCUCAGACAACACACUCGGUGACACCAUGACGAAGAUCCAAACAGCAGCAGCAGACGUGAACCUGUCGGUUGAUCGUUGUAACAACAAGUUGAAGAUGCACCCGUCUCUGAAAAUGACCAGGUGUUCUCGAUCGUAUUUCAGCUUAUCGGCAGAGGUGAUUGAAGUUGCUCCGUUGCACUGUGUGAUAGAAAUAUCCAAAUCUGCAGGGGAGCUAGGCGAGUAUAAAGAGUUCUGCAGGAGCUUAUCGAACCUACUGAAGGACGACUCAGGUGUUGCAUCGCCAGCGCAAGAGUGUUAAAAGCAUUUGAACCGUAUAUGCUUCUGAAGUGUCUCCCCAUUGAGAUUCUUCAGCAGACGAUAGUGAUAAUGAUGAUAAGUUCACCGAAGUAAACAGGAUCAAGAACUUCAAAGUUACAGACCAAUAGAAGGAGUAAGCCGAACUCCGAGAUGUUUCAACUUAUUUACCAGCCUGCACUAUGAAGAUCGCGGCGGUUAAGUCACGAAAACCAGUCCGAUUGUUUUCCUUUUUCACUUGUUAUUUGGUGUGUGAAAAUUUACUUCUCUUUUCGCAUUUCUGUAAAGGCAAGGAAAUACAGAAACUCCGUUUUAUUGCUCGAGUGAGAAAGAGAGGAUAAUUAUCUUAAGUUGGUUUGUUGUACUUGUGGACAUUCCAUGUUGAAUUGAAGAUACGGUAUGCCGAGGUUGUAAAUACGAGCAGUUUUGUCAUAAGCUUCGGCGGCAAGUCUAAACAUGAAAUUUUUUUA